AUGGAAUACUUCACCUUCGAGUUUUCGUUGGAAGUUGCAAACAAAGUCGGCGGCAUCUACCAAGUGAUCAAGUCCAAAGCACCCGUUAGCGUUGACGAGUUGGGGUAUUCCAAUUAUGUUCUCUUUGGUGCCAAGAAAAACGACCGAGCGUUGAGAACAGAAGUUGAACAAUGUGAGUUACAAAAUCCAAUCAUGCAGCGAACGAUCGAAGCGAUGCGAGAGCGAGGCGUCGGUGUAACAACUGGUAAAUGGCUUAUUGAAAGCGUUCCACAAGUCGUGCUCUUUGACAUUCCAUCCGUUGCCGGAUAUUUGGACGGUUGGCGUCGAGAAUUCGCGGAUAAAACAAAGAUCAAUGGACCAUUCGAAGAUAUUGAAUACAACGAUACGAUCCUCUACGGGUUUGUUUGCGCGUGGUUCAUCGGCGAGUGGUUGCACCAGUACAAACUCGCCAACGAGGAUCGAAUUCCGCUGACUAUUUGUCACUUCCACGAGUGGCUCGCUUCCGUGGGGAUGAUCAUGGCGAGAAUAAGAAAGCUUAACGUUGCGACGAUUUUCACAACACACGCGACUCUUCUUGGCAGAUAUCUCUGCGCCGAUCCCGCCUUCGACUUCUACACGAAUCUCCACACCGUUGAUGUUGAUUACGAAGCAGGAAGGAGACAAAUUUAUCAUCGAUAUUGCAUCGAACGCGCCGCUGCAUCGCUUUCACAUGUUUUCACCGCCGUUUCUCAAAUCACAGCAGACGAGGCCGAACACUUGUUGAAGCGAAAGCCAGAUGUAAUCACACCAAACGGGCUGAAUGUGAAGCGAUGGUCGGCUCCCCACGAGUUUCAGUCGCAGCAUCAGAAGUCGAAAGAAAAGAUUGAACAGUUCAUGCAAGGCCAUUUCUACGGUCAUCUGGACUUUGACUUGGAUAACACGAUUUACAUGUUCACUGCUGGCCGAUACGAAUACAGAAAUAAGGGCAUCGAUCUCUUCAUUGAAGCGCUCGCUAGAUUGAACAAAAAGUUAAUGGACGAGCAGAGCGACGUUACUGUUGCUGCCUUCAUGAUCUUCAACGGAAAGACAAACUCAUUCAAUGUGGAAUCCCUCGAAGGCCAGAGCCAGUCGAAAGCACUUAUAGAAUCAACGAGAAAAUUGCAGGAACGCAUCGGCCAACGGAUUUACAAAUCUGUUACACAGGGUCAUAUUCCAGAAGCCUCAGAAAUUAUCGGCGACGAGGACAUGUACGAGAUCAAAUCAAAAGUCUACGGCGCAGAAGGUCGGCCUCUCCCUCCCAUCACGACCCACAACCUCGUCAACGACGCAAAAGACCCCGUUCUGAGCAAACUACGUGAAUGCAAGCUUCACAACAAUUGGUGGGAUCGCGUAAAGGUUAUUUUCCAUCCAGAGUUCCUCAAGCCGACAAAUCCUCUUUUACCAAUGGACUACAUGGAAUUCGCGCGAGGCUGUCACUUAGGCGUCUUCCCUAGCUACUACGAGCCGUGGGGUUACACUCCUGCUGAGUGUACUGUUAUGGGCAUUCCCUCUGUAACGACAAAUCUUUCUGGUUACGGUUGCUGGAUGGAGGAACACAUCGAAAAUGCCUGGCAAUAUGGAACUUAUGUGAUUGACAGACGAUACCCGGCUUUUGAAAAGGCAGCAGAGGACCUGGCAGACAACAUGCUUGGAUUCUGCAAACAAACCCGUCGCCAGCGAAUCAUCCAGCGAAACCGAACGGAAAGACUUUCCGACUUUUUGGACUGGAAAAACCUCGGACGAUACUACACAGAAGCACGAAAACUCGCCCUCGCGCGUGUCCUUCCAGAGAAUAUCCAGGAAGAAAUUGAGCUCUUGCAUAGAGCGAAAAUGGGUGCUUUUAAAAGAACGCCUUCUCUUGCGAAUUUGUCCAUUGCCGCUUCUCCCUUCAACUCCAGACCUGCUUCUCGCCUCGCUUCGCAAGAUGAUGACGAAGACGGAGAAAAAAAUAAUAACGAGCCGAUCGAAGACAUCUACGACGAUGAUGGCACUUUGAUGUUCUCAAAAGACAUGAAUGAAGUAGAAGAAAAGACAAAAGACCUUCGUGUAUAUUAG